CAGCGCCCGGCGCCCCAGCCCGCGCGGCCCGGCCAGCAUGGCCUACACCAACAUGUCCAAGUACCACGAGGACUCGGACGCCGACGACGAGUUCGAGCGCUCGGCGUGGCAGCAGCGCGACGCGGCGCCCGUCGAGUACGAGAGCUCGCCCACCAGCUCGGGCCCGCUGAGCACCGAGCACACGCCGACCACCUUCACCCACAGCAGGGACAGCCGCAGCAGCCCGGGCGGCCUGAUCAUGGACUGGAGCCCCGAGCAGGUCGCCGACUACGUGAGCGACCUGGGGCUGGAGCAGUACUGCGACACGUUUGUCGACGAGGGCAUUGCCGGCGACGUGCUCGUGUCGCUGCAGCACGCCGAGCUCAAGGAGAUGGGCGUCGCCAGCGUCGGCCACCGCCUGACCAUCCUCAAGGCCGUCUACGACGUCAAGGUCAAGCAGAACGUGCCCGUCGAGCCCGACGACUACGUGCCGCUGUCCGCCGACACCAGCGCCCUCGAGGCCCCGCCGACCCAGGACGACUUCGCCAAGGUCAUCCGCGUCGUGCAGGCCCGCGACGAGCGCAUCCACACCGCCGAGGCCGAGCUGCGCCACCUGCGCGAGGACCUGACCCGCGUCAUCGACGAGAACAAGCGCCUGCGCGAGGAGGUCCUGCCGCUGGUGCGCAUGCUCAAGGAGCAGCAGCAGACCCUGCCCACCCUGCCGCCGCACGACCACGUCGCCUCGCCGCCGCAGACGGCCGACCUGCGCACCGGCAGCAGCCUGUCCCGUAAGUUCUCCACCAAGAAGCUGUUCCUCGGCUCCGCCCCGAAGAACCCGUCCCCCACCAUCCAGGAGCACCGCGCCCUCGUCGACCACUCGUCGCUGGACCCCUCCGCCGCCGCCGUCGCCGCCUCCUCACACCUCACAGCCUCGCUCGGCCCCGGCCCGCAAAUGUCCCCCAGCGCCGUCCCCCAGCCCUCGCCCACCUCGCCCGCCUACAACGUCGGCCGCACCCAGUACACCCGCCCCGAGAUCCCGCGCACCCACCAGGACCACGACGCCACCCAGAGCUGGGCCUACGCCGACCAGGUCGCCGUCAGCCGCGACCCGCGCGCCACCCCGGGCCUGCCCACCUCGCGCUCCAUGGGCCGCGCCGCCCCGACGCCCUCGCCCGACGACCGUGACCGCGACCCGCCGCUGUCCGGCGGCUCCAGCACCAACACCAUGCAGCCCUCGUCCAGCUCGCAGCAGGCGCCCUCGUCGAACCCCCAGGUCGAGAUCUUCAAGUCCUUCCGCGUCUCCAUCGACGACCCGUGCCACAAGGUGCUGCCCGUCGCCCUGAAGAAGUACAACAUCACCGCCGACUGGCGCCAGUACGCCCUCUACAUUGUGCACGGCGACCAGGAGCGCUGUCUGGGCCUCAACGAGCGCCCGCUCAUCCUGUUCAAGCAGCUCGACAAGGAGGGCCGCAAGCCCAUGUUCAUGCUGCGCAAGCACGCCGCGCCCGAGCAGGGCCACGUCAGCACCGUCGGCGGCAACGAUGUGCGCGCAGUCCCGCCGAACAGCGGCUUUGGCUGGGACAGCCAGAACCGCGGGACCCCGCUGCCGGGGGGUGUGCUCUAGCCUGACUUCUGCCGUGGCAGCUUUCUAGCGACGCGCUCAGCGGGCUGCUCUAGCUUGGCUGUGGCUGUAGCAGCAGCAGCAACAGCGUGCUUAGCAGCGUGCUCCAGCACCGCGGUGCACACCCAUUGAUUUUUCCCGGAGUCUGGCGCCCACAACCCUGCAAAAAUCAUUUACCUGGCGUUUUGGGUUCUUGUCUUGUUCUUUCGCGGCGGGUGCGCUUGUUU